AUGCCUUGCUGCUUCGCGACCCUCAAGUUCCGGCAAUGUGGCCACGCCAUGUUGUUCAAGCUUGGCUGCAGCAAGCCGGAAUGUACAGAGAUAUGCCCCAAUAAACGACGUCAGUUCCUCCUGCAGACGGAGUACAUGUGGCGCUGCGAGGACUGCGUCGAGUUCGAGUACAAGCAGUCCUCGGACCUUCAGGCCAGCGAGUGGGACACAUACUACGCGAGGCUCAGAUCCAACCCUCUACUGUCCCAAGAGAGCCGGGACUCGAUCACCCUGACGGCGAGAAACAGGGAGGUUCGCCAGGAGGCCACCCGGGACCAGCGCAGGAGCGGCUGCGUGGAGGAGGUCCAGCGCGUCGUCGACUGGGUUGAGGAGUACGGCGGCCUGGUGUGGGAUCUCGUCUACGGGCAUAAACGUGACUUCGACGAGUCGAAGACCCGCCUCCAGUUCCUGAGAGCAGCGAAAUACUGGGAUCUGAUUGUCAUGUUUGACUAUGUGAGGAAGGCGCGGGACCCGUGGGACAAGGAGAACUUCCCACAUUGGAUCGAGGAACUGAUCCAGCCAGUGCGGACAAGACCAGCUACACCGGCGGCGGCCGGUCCCGGAACCCCAAGAAGCGCCGGAGGGUCCUCGGCUUUUCGGGGGUUCCAGCCGGGGAUGUGCAGGAUGGCCGCCAUGGAUGAGGCGGCGGAACUGACCCAGAGGAUGACCGAUAUUGCCAUUCAGAGCCCCGGAUCAAGUUCCGACCUCGACUCCGAAACAAAUUACAUCCUCGAGUCGGGGCCUCCUCGAAAGAUUUCUCCGGACGAGGUUCCCAGGUCAUUCAUGAGCGACCCUGACGAUCCUCUUUCCUUAUUCUUCAACGCAGACGUGGUAAUGGAAGAUGAAGAUGCUUCGUCAACUCUGAGCACCGAUAAAGAUGCGGAGAAAGAAGAGCCCAACUACAUCUCGUAG